AUACAUUUCGUAAAUGAUUAAAUCAAUCGAAAUUAAUUAAUAAAUUUAAAUAAUUCCAUAAAACUUAGAAUUAUAAUAUUCUAAAUUUUAAAUUUGCCAGUAAAAAUUAAUUAAUAUUUGUACAAAGCCAAUUUAAUAAUUUUCAAUAAAAUUAAAAGUCCAUUUUUAUAUUCAUAAGUUAAUGACUUGCGCUUUGAUGCAAAUAGAAAAAUUGAAAAAUUUUUGUUUAAAAAAUUUGGCUUGGUGUAUUAAGUGUGCAGAAAAAAUAAGUAAAAAUUAAUUGAUAUAAAUUUGAAUAAAAUUUGAAUAAAAUUUUUUCAAUGUAAAAUACAAUUUAAUAAAAUUUUUAAUUAUUGUGUAGGCUAGCCCCCAGUAACAAAAAAAAAAUACUGGCUUGGUUGGUUUUUUGACAAGAUAAAAGAUUUUUUUUUUAGUAAAUUAGAUAUAUAAAAAAAAAUUAGAAGACUACAGAAAUAUUUGUGACUCUGCCAAGGUGGAAGACGUCAAAAUCCAAAUGAUGAAAAUGGAUACUGACAAGAUUAUGGAUGAUACAAAUUCAAAUUCACAGUUUUCAUCGACAAUGCUAUAUGAUCCAGUUAGGAAGAAAGAACCAUCACCAACAUUUCAAACAGAACGUGAUACAUGCUUAGGAUAUUUUAUUAAAUGGAAUGAAGGAGAUCAAGUUGAAUUUGUUGAGCAAUUGCUUUCACGAAUGUGUCAUUAUCAACAUGGACAUAUUAAUGCGUUUCUAAAGCCAAUGCUACAAAGGGAUUUUAUCUCAUUGCUGCCAAAAAAAGGUCUUGAUCACAUUGCGGAAACGAUAUUAUCAUAUCUUGACGCUGAUUCAUUAAAAUCUGCCGAAUUAGUAUGUAAAGAGUGGCUUCGUGUUAUAUCAGAAGGUAUGUUGUGGAAAAAAUUAAUUGAACGAAAAGUUCGAACCGAUUCAUUGUGGCGAGGAUUAGCCGAACGUCGUGGUUGGAUACAAUAUUUAUUCAAACCAAGACCAGGUACAACACAUAGACCCCAUUCAUUUUAUCGUGAGCUCUUCCCAAAAAUAAUGAAUGACAUCGAAAGUAUAGAACAUAAUUGGCGAACUGGUAGACAUAUGCUGAGACGAAUAAAUUGCCGCUCAGAAAAUUCAAAAGGUGUUUAUUGUCUUCAGUAUGAUGAUGUUAAAAUUGUUUCAGGACUUAGGGAUAAUACAAUUAAAAUAUGGGAUCGAGCGGAUUUACAAUGUGUUAAGACUUUAACUGGGCACACAGGUUCUGUGCUUUGUUUACAAUAUGAUGAUAAAGUUAUAAUUAGCGGAUCAAGUGAUUCAACUGUAAGAGUUUGGGAUGUUAAUAGUGGUGAAAUGGUUAAUACAUUAAUACAUCACUGUGAAGCUGUUUUACAUUUACGUUUCAAUAAUGGCCUGAUGGUAACAUGUUCAAAAGAUCGUUCUAUUGCUGUAUGGGAUAUGACAUCACCAACAGAAAUAACAUUAAGACGUGUUUUAGUUGGUCAUCGUGCAGCGGUUAAUGUAGUUGAUUUUGAUGAAAAAUAUAUUGUAUCUGCAAGCGGUGAUCGAACAAUAAAAGUCUGGAGUACUUCGAGCUGUGAAUUUGUAAGAACAUUAAAUGGUCAUAAAAGAGGUAUAGCUUGCUUACAAUAUCGUGAUCGUUUAGUUGUAAGUGGUAGCUCUGAUAAUUCAAUAAGAUUAUGGGAUAUUGAAUGUGGAGCUUGUUUAAGAGUUCUUGAAGGUCAUGAAGAACUUGUUAGAUGCAUCAGAUUUGAUUCAAAACGUAUUGUUAGUGGUGCUUAUGAUGGUAAAAUUAAAGUUUGGGAUUUAGUUGCAGCAUUAGAUCCACGAGCUCAAUCUAGUGCACUUUGCCUUAAAACCUUAGUGGAACAUACUGGACGAGUUUUCCGUUUGCAAUUUGAUGAAUUCCAAAUUGUUAGUAGUUCACAUGAUGACACAAUAUUAAUAUGGGAUUUUUUGAAUUUUACACCACCUAAUGAAACUAAUAAAACAAGAAGUCCUUCACCUGCAUUAAUGGAACAUUAAUAAAAAAAAAAAAUUUGGGGCGAAGGAAAUAGUUUCAUUAAGAUUAAAACUUAAGAUGAGAGCAACAUAAUUAUGAAAAUAAGUUUAAAUAAUAUAUAUAUAUAUAUAAAUUAAACACAGUUAAUAGAAAAUUUGAAAAUUAAAAAGAAAAAAAAAAAAUUAUUAAAUUUAUCUACGAUCUCUAUUUUAAGUUCGAGUUAUUUAGAAAAAAAAAAAAAAACAUAAAUAAAACAAGAAUAAAUAUUGUGACAUUUUUAAAGCGAAAUAUAAAUACAUAGCAUUAAAAUAAAUAAAAAAAAAAAAUUAUAAUAAAAUCAGAAUUAAAUAUUAUUACAUACCU